AUGCCCAAUGGCACGAAAGCCAAGUCUCCAAAAGUGACGAACCACACGAAAGCAUCAAAAGAUAGGGAAGCGCGUGGAGCGGUGCCUUCAAAGAAGAAGAAAAUAUCAAGCCAUUCAACUCCGAAGAAUGGCCAUUCCACGAAGUCCAAAAAGCGGAAGAAUCCAUCAUCAAUAGCGGCUAAGGAGCUUCACGAAGCUAACGAUGUUGAGCUUCACACCGAUUCACAGGCAAAGACAUCAGCACAAAGAAUUCAAGUAAAAUCGAAGUCAACAGGAGAGAUUUCUGCAACGGCAGUCGAGAACGCAGCAUCUGAUCCAGGAGCAAUCAACGACACGGGAGGACUCGCUAGCGGCCAAUACGACACACUACUCCAGAUGAAACGUGCUGAGAAGCUUUGUAUGUCAUUUGGCCUUCAAAAGCGUCAUGUGAUGGCUCUACAUCGGGCUUUUAAACGUGAAGAGCAGCUUGGUACUGGUGAAAUCACAAUUGGCGAGUUCUUCACGAUGCUGCAUGAGCAACCCCGUCAGCUUACAAGAGGUCUGUUUGACGCAGUUGGUCUUGCCCAUGAUAUCAAGAGGUUGCGCUUUGAUGACUUCGUAAUCUGCAUCGCAACUAUUGCAACCUGGUCCAAGAGUGAACUGCUGCAGUAUGCCUUCAAGCAGUUUGAUGUAGACGAAUCUGGUGUCAUGGACAGUCGUGAACUUCGAGCAUUUUGUGAAGGUCUGAAGAACGAUAGCAGCUUCUACUUCGCCAACAACGUGAGUAUAGCUCGCGAUAAGAUAACCGCGCGGGAUCACAAGCAUCCCAGCAAGCAGAACCCAUCGGAGCAGCUUCCGGUUAUCAGUGAUGACGAGGACGACGCACUUGUGGACCUUGAGGACUUGAUGAAAGGGUCAGACGAGUUUCAAGUUGCAUUUUACCCUUUGAUGCAAUUGCAGCAAAAUGUGCGUGGCUGUGCGCUAGGAGAACAGUUCUGGGCCGGUGUCACGGUACGUCGUCAACAUGUUGACGUCGUUGUGCAAUACAUGGGGAAUCAUAAAGGCAAACUGCCACCAACUUCGGCAAUGACCCGCAUCAUGGCUCUGAUACCUUUUUCACAAGCUCACACUAAAAUGCUCGUGCACAAGUUAGCAGUUCUCAAAUACGCCGAAGAACAAAAACGACUGCAGGAACAAACCGCAGCCCGAGUGAAAGCGAAGCAAGCUCUACAAUGGGGUCAAGACGAGGAUGAUAAUCAAGAUCCCUGA